AUGCUUAAUACAAGAUGUCAUCAAUAUGGCGCUCAGUAUGGAGAAACUGACUUGAAAUAUUCUAUAGAGAAAAAUUCAAAAGUGCGAUUCCCCCCUUUAACCCAUCAAAGGUCUCCACUAAUUAUUGCUUCUGCUGAGACAUCUCUAAAAAUCUCCAAUAAUUUUAAGACUUAUCCUUGAUACAAGAUGUCGUCCAGUAUGGAGAAGCUGAGAAUGGCAUCUAAUUUUAUUAAUAAAUUUUAUAUGUAUCAUUUAUUAUUCAUGUAUUUAUUAUUAUCAUUAUUAUUAAUUUAUAAAACCUUUUUAAAAAUUGGCGCGUUUACUUGUCAAAUUUUUUCACACUUGUCACCAUUUUUGACAUGGCACUUUUUAGCACUUACUGAUAUAGAGAUUGACAUCAUCUCUUUGAGAGAGUCUGUUUUGCUCGUUCAAGAGGCCAGGACAUUAUGCUCGAUAUAG